GGCUCCCAGCAUGCUUCUUCGGCCCGACCUCGGUGACCCCUUGGGGGUGCCGCGCCGCCCAUGGCGGACGCGGAUGCCACGGAGUCGCUGGUCUCAUCGGAGUGCUCCGAUGACGACGGAGGGCUGCAGUUCAUGGAUCAGGUGGAAUUGAUGCCCAAGGACCCUGUGGAGCGGUGCUUCUCCUGGCGAACCUUCAUGGCCUACUGUGGCCCUGGAUGGCUCAUGAGCUUGGCAUACUUGGACCCAGGGAACCUCGAGGGCGAUUUGCAGAGCGGAGCCUUUGCUGGCUACAGCCUUCUGUGGGUCUUGCUGGUGUGCGCUCUGGCGGGGUUGAGUCUGCAAAUCCUCGCAGCCCGCCUAGCAGUGGUCACAGGACGCGACUUGGCGCAGACGUGCCGCGCAGAGUAUCCACGGCCGUUGAGCUUGCUACUGUGGCUGAUGACGGAGUUGGCCAUCAUCGGUGCGGACAUCCAGGAGGUGGUCGGUACCGGCAUAGCGCUGAAAGUCCUGUUGGGUUGGCCCCUUUGGCUAGGCUCCCUCUUUACGGGUCUCGACACCUUCACCUUCUUGAUGAUCCACUACAUGGGGAAGAGGUGGCUGGAGGCCUUCAUUUUGCUCUUGAUCUUCAUCACAACCAUCUGCUUCUUCAUGAACUUUGCCUACAUGCCGCCCUCGGCUGCAGGGCUUCUGGGCGGAUUCAGCUUCCAAGUGCCUGACUACGCCGUUGUGCAGAUGGUGGGGACCAUAGGCGGUGGCAUCAUGCCCCACAACUUAUACCUCCACAGCGGCAUCUGCAAGCAGCGCGCUUGCGACCGGAGUGAUGAUGAGCAUGUGAGGCAGGGCGUGAAGUACACCGCAGUCGAUGCGGCCAUUGCCCUGCUUUUGUCCUUUCUCAUCAACGCCGCCUUGGUGUCUACGUUCGCGACCGGAUUUUUCAGCGAGACCUGCGCUGACCCCAACAUCUUCCAUGUACUUCCCCAGAAGGAACUGGAGGGUGGGCCCUUAGCAUGCUUACCUGGCGCGUCGGGCGAGGCCAACGAGGUUGGAGUGGCACCGGUGGCAUGUGUCACGGGCACUGGCUCAGCUGGUCAGUGCGGGGACAUUGGCUUGGCACAAGCGGGGGAUACCCUGAAGCAGCUCUUUGGUGGCUACGGGAGAUCUGGACGGGUGAUGUUUGCGGUGGGCCUGCUGGCUGCCGGGCAGGCGUCCACGAUGACGGGCACCAUGGCGGGGCAAUAUGUCUUGGAAGGCUUCCUGGAAUGGCACAUCCCUGUGUGGCUGCGCGCGCUGCUCACACGGCUCAUUAGCCUUGGCCCUGCAGUUGCUGUCGCGGUGUACACCAGUACCGAGCCGAAUCUGAACAACAAGUUGGACCAGUGGAUCAACGUUUUGGAAUCCAUGCAGAUCCCGUUUGCCUUGCUGCCGGUGCUUCACUUCAACUCGAAGGAAGAGUUGAUGGGGAAGUUUGUUUUGUCCAACCGGUUCCAGCUGCUGUGCUGGGCUUUGGCCAUCAUCAUCAUCGUGGUCAACAUCAAACUGGUGGCCCAGUUCGCCGCCUCCGACCACGCCUGGGUUCGCGUAGCGGUGGCCAUAUUCUUCGUGGUCUACGCCACUCUCAUCACGCUCACGAUUUGGUCCGACCUGGUGCAUGCUGCCAAGUCCACCAUCCACUGCCUCACUCGCUGCUUCCCGCGGUCCACAACAGGGAGCUGAGUGGCCUUCACAGUUGUUGAGAAGGGUAGGAGAAACCUGCUGGCCUAAGGACAAGGCCCCGCAGAGGUCCAGGGCUUCUCUGUCCUGUCCCGUCUUGUCCGUGACGCGGGAACCGGGCGUCAGAGUAGCUUCCAGCACGGAAGGAAGGAUGAGAUCCAAAGAUGAUCUAUAGGUCCGCAGCCAACGGAAGGAGAUCCCUCUGAACUCUCCUGAGCCCGGAGCUCCAGAAGACCUGGAGAUCACCGAUGCUAUCGCUUCUGUAGAUGAUCAU